GCAUUAAAUAGGAUUAAUAUUCUCCUUCCAACAGAUAUCGUGGAUCUUCCCUGCCAUUACUUAAUUUUUGGAUUCGUUGAGAUCGGAUUUCGUAACCGUUCUCUCCAACAACGUAGACGGUGA